AUGUAUUUAUCAUUUGCAUUAUUAUCCUCCAAAAAACACGGAUGGAGAUUCGAAAAGCUUCGUGCUAAGUUUAAAAAAUGGGUGAGAAUUAAUCAUCCUCCUCAAAAUAGAUCACCUGUUAUAAAGUUAGACGACAGUGAUCAUAGCAAGCUAUUAUAUAUAACCAAUGGUCGAAUCUCACCCAUGAAACAAGAUGAAUUUCUUAAAUAUGGACAAACAUAUAUCAAAAAGGACAACGGAAUACACACACCAUCUUUAGCAUUUUCAAAGGGAGGAUCCCAUAUUUUACUGGAGGUUUUCACAAUGGAUGAAAUUGAACAAAUUGAGAAAAUUGUCCCUGAAAUAAGAAAGGCAUUCGACGAAUGCGAAUCUAAGAUUACAAAGAUGGUUUGUACGGAUCAUAAAGCCAUUGACUAUGGCAUGAUUAAAGAGUAA